AUGGCGGAUGGUGGCACAUGCCAGAGCCCUGCUCUCCCAGCCCUGGUGCGUCCACCUGCCCCACCUUUGCAGCCUUCGCUGGAUAUUAAACCGUUUCUUCCGUUUCCUCUGGACACUGCAGCUGCUGUCAAUCUGUUCCCCAACUUUAAUGCAAUUCGCUACAAAGUGCUGCUGAACAAACCUGGAGAAAAUCAAGAAACUAUGCUGACUGGGUCCACUACAAAUAUGGACCCAAUUCAGAAAGCUGUAAUAAACCAUACAUUUGGGGUUCCUCUUCCUCAUCGAAGAAAGCAAAUCAUAUCAUGCAACAUUUGCCAGUUGAGAUUUAAUUCUGAUAAUCUCCCAAAGAAUACCAAUGAAUACCAACUUACACUAAGAGAGAGCCAGGCUGCGGCCCACUACAAAGGCACUAAACAUGCCAAGAAGCUCAAAGCACUGGAAGCCAUGAAAAAUAAACAGAAAUCUGUACCUGCCAAGGACAGCGCAAAGACUACCUUCACCUCCAUCACUACCAAUGCCAUCAAUACCAGCUCUGACAAAACAGACAGUAAUGCAGGGACACCAGCAAUAUCGACAACAACAACCGUGGAAAUUCGAAAGAGCAGUGUUAUGACAACAGAGAUCACCUCUAAAGUGGAAAAGAUCCCCACCACCGCCACCCCUGGCAACAACAGCACAUGUCCUUCUGCAGAGACUGAGGAAGAGAAGGCCAAGAGGCUCCUGUAUUGUUCGCUAUGCAAGGUUGCUGUCAACUCCGCCUCCCAGCUGGAGGCCCACAACAGCGGGACUAAGCACAAAACCAUGCUGGAAGCCCGAAAUGGGAGUGGGACUAUUAAGGCAUUUCCUCGAGCAGGAGUAAAAGGCAAAGGGCCAAUCAACAAGGGAAAUACGGGCCUGCAAAACAAGACAUUUCACUGUGAAAUCUGUGAUGUGCAUGUAAAUUCAGAGACACAACUUAAACAGCACAUCAGCAGUAGAAGGCACAAAGACAGAGCUGCUGGGAAACCCCCCAAACCUAAAUACAGUCCCUACAAUAAACUUCAAAAGGGAGCACAUCCACUUGGGGUAAAAUUAGUAUUUUCUAAGGAACCUUCCAAGCCAUUGGCUCCACGGAUCCUCCCGAACCCAUUGGCAGCUGCAGCGGCUGCUGCUGCUGUGGCAGUGAAUUCGCCCUUCAGUCUUCGGACAGCUCCAGCAGCCACUCUCUUCCAGCCAUCUGCCCUUCCUCCAGCACUCCUCCGGCCUGCUCCGGGGCCCAUACGGACCACCCAUACUCCUGUGCUGUUUGCUCCUUACUGAAC